AUGCCGGGGCGGGCAGCAAUGCGGUGGGUGUCUCCAGCUCUGCUGGUGCUGGGUGCUCUAGCGGCGUUGUGGUCGCCGCUCGUCGCGGCGGCGCACGUCGAGGGCGCGGAACGGCCACAUACGACCAUAAGGCUCCCUCCCGCGCCCAACAUCACGUACGUCGAGGCCGUGGACGCCGCGGAGCCGCCCUCGAAGCGAAGUGAAUACACACGGGCGGCACGGCGGCGCGGCCAGAGCGUCUACCUGCCCUCGCCCUCGAAGUCCGCCGCCUUGGACGUCGGCGUGGCGGUGCCUGCCGCGGACUUCGCGCCGUUCGACCUCGUCGCGAACGGCUCGGCGCGCACCACGCGCAAGGGCACCCGCGUGUUCAGCGCGACCUUCGAGGACCCCGGCGCGGCGUUCACCACGCUCAUCAUCGAGGGCAGCUUGCCGCGGGGCGGGCGCCUGCUGGUGUACACGCCGCAGGCUGCGUCCGGCGACGCGGGCCCACGCCGCGGCAGCGCGCUGUGGCUGGAGUGCCGCAAAGAGUGCGAGGCGUUCUCGUGGACCGACUUGCCGGAGCGAGCCGUGGAGGGCGACCGCCGGCCGUUCAAGGUCGCCACGCGCCCGUUCCACGGCACGGAGGUGGCCGUGCAGUACGUGCAGCCGAACACGACGGCCGACGUGGGGCGGAUCGUCGUCACGGGCGUGAUCCAGGGCUUCAUCGACCCCGCGCACGACGACGCCCCCGAGGACGCGGUCGGGAAGGACAGCGCACACAAGGCGUCGACGCCCACGCAGCUCGGCUGGGAGGAGGAGGACGAGGACGUCGAGGCCGUGGCUCCGAUUCGCGCGCCACGGGCUGUGGCGGGCCUGGGGCGUCGGCACCGCGUGUUGCUGGACCAUGCCGGGGUGAGCGGCGUGGGUGUGGACGUGUUCGAGGUGGAGGGCCUUCGGAAGAAGGCGGACGCUGCGCCGUGCAACAAGGACGUCAAGUGCCACGAGGCCGGGUACGAGGACAUCAAGCAGGCCGUCGUCAAGAUCUUCGCGAACUCCCCCGGGAAGUCGGCCGUGUGCACAGGGACGCUGCUGAACACGCCGUCGGGCCGGAACUUCGUGGCGACCGCGGCGCACUGUUCCGAGCCCGGCGACGACGGGUCGCUCUGGGCCUUUCUGUUCGGCUACGAGGCGCCGACCUGCGGCAAGCGUUCGGGCGCGAGGGCACGCGACUACGUGCACGGAGGGUCGAUCCUGUUCCGCGAGGAGACGACGGACUUCAUGAUCGUGGAGAUCCUGGGGCCCAUUCCCGCGCGGUUCAACGCGUACUACGCGGGCUGGGACGGCACGCCCAACCUGGCGGCACCGCCCGCGGCCGUGUGCAUCCACCACCCGCAAGGCGCGGCGAAAAUGAUCAGCAUCGACAACGAGGAGCCCUACGGCGCCGAGCCCGACCGCCCCGGCACGGUGUGGUCCUCCGACGUGUGGGGGCACCGCGACUUUGACUGGAACCGCAACGGAGGCAUGGGCCCGCCCUCGGACGUCUACGUCAAGGCGAACUGGGUCGUCGACAGCUGGGACCUCGGCACCACGGAGCCCGGCAGCAGCGGGAGCCCGCUCAUCGACCCGCGCUCCAAACGCGUCAUCGGGGUGCUGUACGGCGGCACGGCCUCGUGUCCCACGGGCACCGGGUUCGACAUGUACAGGAAGUUCAGCCGCGGGCUGCGGGCGGGCGCGAUCGAGGUGCUGGGGUGGGGCGUCGAGGGGGAGGAGUACAACACGCUGGUGUCGUUCCCGGGGUCUUUUGUUCCCGGGUCAGGGAGCGACUUGAUCGGGGCGCGAGGCAACCUGCCGCGUGCGCCGGACGCGUCGCGCGCCGCGAGCGAGGGGGCGACUUCCCUCGCGCUCGCUGUCGCCGCUCUGUUCUUGGCUGCACUCUUGGCAUGA